AUGGACGGCAAAAGAAAAGUAGAUCACGCCGAAAACGGUCAUUAUGAGGAUCUUCCUUAUGACACCAAGCGCAAACCAGUGUUCCCACCUUUCAUUGCAGACUCUCUCUCAGAAGCCUCAGAAAAGACCAAUGAAUCGGGUGGCGACAUCAAUGCCCGUCUUCAAAUUUUGUCAGAAAUGUCGAAACGCGUUCAGUCUACAACCCCUCUUUCCAAUCUUGAAGGCUACAAACAAUCUGGGAACAUUGCCCCAGGUUUAGCUGCUCCCGGUAUACCUACAGCUGAAAGCUUUCUUCCUCCAUCUUUUCCUGGAACAGUUCCUCCUGUUCCCUCUGUAAACCCUUAUGCCCCUCCCUUUGCCAAUCCACAAAUACCUUAUGGAGAAAUGCCCAAUUUCUUGGAUGCUCAAAGUUUCAAUAUGCAACCACCAUAUCCAGGAAUGAUUGGCACAAUGCCCUCUUACGCAGACGAAGAAGAAGACGCUAGCGAUUCCUUGCCUCUCUCUCUUUCUUCCCAAUCUCUCGUUUCGCAGGCGCCACCUACUAGGACAUCGGCUCAUCGUCCUACAAUGCGUGAAAGGUACGCUGCCACCAGUAGUGUGACAAAUGGACUUCAGUUUACCUUGCCCAUCUCUUCUCGUAAAACCUAUGAACCUGAAGCCGAUGAUGACAGUAACGAUGACAUGUACUCGGACGAUGAAUCCAAUGCCGAUCGCUGGGCAUCACGCAUUGAUACCGCAGCCUUGAAGGAGGAAGUUCUCAAGUACAUCAACCGUUGUCCAACUCAAGAUCUUGCUGACAUGACUGGUUGCACGUUAGCCGAAUCCGAAUUUAUGGUUGCCAAGAGACCCUUUCCAGACCUUGAGUCUGCUUUGAUUGUCAAACAGCCUCGCCCCAUCAUUCCUAAGGGAAGACGUGGUAGACGUGAAAAAACUCCAUUGGGUCCUCGACUCGUUGGCAUUUGUAUGGAAAUUAUGCGUGGUUACUUUGUGGUUGAUGCUUUGAUUCGUCAAUGUGAACAGUUGGGUGGAAAAAUUCAACGAGGAGUCGAAAACUGGGGCUUACCAAGUACGACUACAUUUGAAGAAGGAGAAACUUCCCUUGUUAGUUUUGAUCAAAUGAAAAACAUUGGUACUCCGUCCAAUGCUCAUUUCAUAACAGAACCCCCAGCUUCCUUUUCACAAGAUGCUAGUUUACAAGACUAUCAAAUUAUAGGUAUCAAUUGGUUGUACUUGCUUUAUGAACUCAAGUUGGCAGGUAUUUUGGCUGAUGAAAUGGGUCUUGGAAAAACAUGUCAAACGAUUGCCUUUUUUGCCAUGUUGAUGGAUAAGAAUGUGAAUGGUCCUCACUUGGUCAUUGCACCUGCAUCUACUAUGGAAAAUUGGUUGCGUGAGUUUGCAAAAUUUUGUCCCAAACUGAAAAUUGAACUGUAUUAUGGAUCUCAAGUGGAGCGUGAAGAGAUUCGGGAAAGAAUUAAUUCCAACAAAGAUUCCUACAAUGUCAUGUUAACUACCUACCGUUUGGCAGCUACUAGUAAAGCUGAUCGGUUAUUUUUGCGGAAUCAAAAGUUUAAUGUCUGCAUUUAUGAUGAAGGACAUUAUCUGAAAAAUCGUGCUUCCGAACGUUAUCGUCACUUGAUGAGUAUUCCCGCAGAUUUCCGUGUAUUACUAACUGGUACUCCUCUUCAAAAUAAUUUGAAAGAGUUAAUUUCCCUGCUAGCAUUUAUUCUUCCUCAUGUUUUUGACUAUGGUUUGAAGAGUUUGGAUGUAAUUUUCACCAUGAAGAAGUCGCCCGAGAGCGAUUUUGAAAGAGCUUUGCUUUCGGAGCAGCGAGUUUCCCGAGCCAAGAUGAUGAUGGCGCCAUUUGUAUUGCGUCGUAAAAAGAACCAAGUUCUGGAUGCAUUGCCGAAGAAAACACGUAUCAUAGAGUUUUGUGAGUUCUCGGAAGAAGAGAAAAAGAGAUAUGAUGAGUUUGCAAACAAGCAAAGCGUCAACAAUCUUUUAGAUGAGAAUGUCAUGAAAACAAAUUUAGAUACGAAUGCGAAUCUCGCCAAAAAGAAGAGCACAGCUGGAUUUGUUUUAGUUCAACUGCGGAAACUUGCAGAUCACCCGAUGUUGUUUCGAAUUCGCUACAAGGAUGAGAUUCUUCGAAUGAUGGCCAAGGAGAUUAUGAAUGAACCACAAUACAAAAAGGCGAACGAAAACUAUAUAUUUGAAGACAUGCAAUACAUGUCUGAUAUUGAGUUACACAAUCUAUGCGGCAAGUUCACUACGAUUCAACCGUUCCAGCUGAAGAACGAACCUUGGAUGGAUGCGACCAAGGUGAGAAAGUUGAAAACGAUAUUGGAGAAUGCGAUUGCCAAAGGAGAUCGGGUUGUCUUGUUUAGUCAGUUUACACAGGUUCUUGACAUUUUACAGCUGGUUAUGAAGAGUAUGAGUUUGAAGUUUUUGAGGUUUGACGGAUCGACACAAGUUGAUUUUCGACAAGACUUGAUUGAUCAAUUUUAUGCGGAUGAAAGUAUCAAUGUAUUUUUGUUGUCGACAAAAGCAGGAGGAUUUGGAAUUAACUUGGCAUGUGCGAACAUGGUAAUUCUUUACGAUGUAUCGUUUAAUCCAUUUGAUGAUUUGCAAGCGGAAGAUCGGGCACAUCGAGUUGGACAAAAGAAGGAGGUGACAGUGAUCAAAUUUGUGGUGAAAAAUACAAUCGAAGAACACAUUCAACGAUUAGCGAAUGCCAAGAUUGCUUUGGACGCAACGCUUUCGGAAAAGACAGCCGAAAAAGCAGAAUCCGAAGAAACCGAUUGA